CACCAAUUCUUAAAAUAAAUUCCAAAUCGUUGAUCAUAAAUACUGGAACCAUUAGGAGAUUUAAUACAUCCUCUAUUAAUAUGCAAUUCAGUUUUAUUACAAAGCAACAAGUUGAACAACUAAUCAAGGAAAAGACUCCGGUAGAAGAUUUUAUUUUAAUUGAUGUGAGAGAACCAUCAGAAUUUAAUUCAUCUGAACUUCCUCCAAUUCAUUCAUCAGCUUACAACAUACCUGUAGGUGAUUUAGGACCUGCUUUUUUGACCUUGGAUAAUAAGCAAUUUAAACAAACAUAUGGAUUUGAAAAACCUAAUGUUCACUCUGAUUCUACUCUUGCAUCUAGUGGUUAUGGUGGUGUUUCACAUGCUUUUAUUUCAUCCAAAGCUAAAAAAUCUAUCUUUGGAGAUGAUGAAACAAUCUCUAAGAAGAUUAUUGUCUAUUGCAAAUUAGGAGGAAGGGCACAAAUGGCUGCUCAAACCCUUUCUGAAUUAGGCAUUGAAAAUGUUUAUUGUUAUAAAGGAAGUGCAAGUGAAUGGUGGAGUAAAUAAUUUAUUAAUAACAUUCCUAUCAAGUAAAUUUAUUAAAAUGCAUUUUAAUACGU